CAGAAAAUCCUGAAUAGCAGACCGGAAUUGAUCAGAGAAAGAGAUGAAAUGGGUUGGACUCCUCUUCAUUAUGUUGCUUCCAAGGGCAAAUUCAAAGCGGUUCAACAACUACUACAGCACGAUAUUUCUGUGGCAUAUGACUUAGACAAAGAGGGACAAUCAGCUCUUCACAUUGCAGCGUUUUUAGGCUACUCUCUUGUCAUUGAUGAGAUUGUUAAAUUUUGUCCUAGUGCCUGGGACAUCAUAAACAUCAACGGGCAAACAGCUCUUCACGCAGCUGUGAUGGGUGGAGAAGCGGAUGUAGUCAAGGACAUACUCCGGAAACUGAACUUGGAGUAUCUUAUCAAGGAACAAGAUACUGACGGAAACACGGCUCUGCAUUUGGCAGCACUUCAUAAGGACUACACCAUCAUAGAUAUACUUGCACGAGACAAGAGGAUAGACCGUUUCAUCACAAACAAUGAUCAUAUGACUGCCCUUGACAUUUUUUGGCUCAUGAUGAGGUCGGCUGCAGUGCUGCCAAAGUUAAUUAUCUAUUAAAAGAAUCUUGCGGAAUGUCGGAUUUCCAAGGUGGGG